AUGGACGGGCUGCGAAAGGCGCUGGGCCUCGAGGACCCUGGCGGCGUAGAGGAGAACACCGCCAACUUUGAGAUCUACCCCGCUGCCCUUGACCAGGCGGCGGCGGCGGACCUGGCGGGGCUCCAGGCGCAGCUGCUGGGCCACCUGCUGCCUUUCCUGCGCGGCUACAUCUGGCAGCGAGACCGCUUCAACCUGCAGCUCAGCACCCACAGGCAGUCGCCCUGGCAGCGCACGCGUGCGACCGGCGGCCAGCGGCGGCGCGGCGGCGCGGCGGAGGGAGCGGCGGCAGCGGCGGCGGCAGCGGCGCCGCCCCCGCACCUCUGGGGCUCUGUCGACUUUGGCGACAACAUUGAGGACGAAUGGUUUGUGGUGUGGCUGCUGCUGGAGCUGACGCGCGCCUUCCCGGUCACCGCCAGGGUGUGGGACAACGACGGCGAGUUCCUGCUCAUAGAGGCGGCCUACGGGCUGCCCCGCUGGGUCAAGCCCGAGACGGCUCAGAACCGCGUGUGGCUGCACGCCGGCGCCUUCCACCUGGUGCCGCUGCCGCGCGCCGCGGGCGACCCGCUGCUGGCUGCCUCGCCCAGCCUGGCGCAGGCGCUGGACGCGGUGCGGGGGAGCCAACUGGACACGGCGGCGCCGCCCAAGAUGCAGGCCGCGCUGCUGCCGCGCGUGAGCGCCUACCCGCGGCGCGCCGCGGAGCUGGUGCAUGUGGCGCACGCGCUGGUGCCCGCCCGCGUGGCGCACGUGCUGCGGGCCGAGCCGCAGCUGGUGGCGGCGGCGGUAGAGGCCUUCCACUACCGAGACCCCGACGAUGUCAGGGCCGCCAGCAGGAUGGCUGCCUUCCCGCCGCGCGACCUGGUGCUGACGGCGCCGCCCUUCAGCCGCUGCCUGUACGCCCAGCUGGCGCUGCAGGAGUAUGCGCCCCCCCGCGGCUACCCCAUGCCCAUGCCUAGCGACCCGCAGGCAAGCAAGGGCCUGCAUGCAUGCAUGCCGGCUGGGCGCUGGAGGCGCCGUCUGUGCGGUGCGUACAAGGCAGCCGAGGUGGGGCUCAAGCUGACGGCGGGGUUUGAGAUGAUGUAUGCCAACCGCGCGCGCUUUGGGCGGCGCGACGAGGAGGAAGCUGAGCAGGGGGAGCAGGGUGGGGACGGCGGCGCGGGGGCGGGCCGGCAGCGGGCAGGAGCCGCAGGGGACGUGGCGGGCGUCGGCGUCGGCGGCCAGGUCAGCGAGGCCAGCCUGGCGGGGGACGCGGGGUGGGCGGCCUUCAAGGCGCGCCUGCAAGCCUCCGGCUUCUUCAGAGGCUGCCUGCCCGGCUCGGCCCAGCACACGCAGCAGCUGCAGGCGGCGCUGGGCAGCUACCUGCAGACAGAGGCGUACCGCCGUGGUACCGCGGCCAUGGCGGCACCCGCGCUGCGCGUGGAUGAGCUGCUGCGGCAGCCCGUGGACCUCGCCUCCUUCCCGCCGCCCUCCCAGCUGCCGCCGGAGGGCAGCGAGGCCUGGCUGCAGGAGCAGGCGGGGCAGCAGCUGGAGACGGAGCUGCAGCAGCGGCAGCACGAGGUGGAGCACCAGGCGCGGCGCCAGCAGCAGCGCCAGCAGCAGCAGCAGCAGGGCGGGGCCGGCGCUCCUGGCGGCGGCGGCGAGGGGGCCGAGGGCGAGGAGUUUGAUCCGCGGGAGUUGGCGGGGCGGCUGCGGGCGUUUGUGGACAUGAUGGCUGGCCUGGAGGGCGCAGAGGUGCCUGCCGCGGGCGACGCGGGGGCGGCAGCGGGAGCGGGGGCGGCAGCGGGAGCAGGCGUGGCGCUGGAUGAGGCCGCCUUUGCUGCCGAGCUGGAAAGGGUGCUGGGCCUGACCCGGGCGGCGGCACGGCACGCCCAGUGGGCAGGCGGCGACGACGACAGCGUGGGCACAUCGUCUGAGGAGGGCUCUUCUUUCUUCUCCGAUGACGAUGCCUCCUCCCAGUCGGACCUGUCGGAUGCGGGCGAGGCGCCAGCCUGGCAGCAGCCACAGACAGCUGCAGAAGCAGCGGCGCCCGGUGUCGGGCGCAGCAGUGCUGCUGCCGCCAGCGGGCCUGCGGCCUCAGCUGGACCCGCCGCGGAGGAGGGGGCCGCGUGGGGCGCGGAGGAGGCGGAGCGGCGGCGGCAGGAGGGGUGGGAGGCGGGCACCGCCACCGACAGCGACGACGAUGCCCAGUUCAUGGGAGCCUAUGCCGCCGCCAUGGACCAGCAGCUGGCGGGCACGCGCAUGGCGGAGAGCUUUGAGCGCGCCCCGACACCCGCCGAUGCUGGCGGCGGCGGCGAUGGUGCGCCGGGCGGCGCGGCGGGGGCCCAGGCGGCGGCAGGGGAGCAGGAGGGCGCGGGUGCGGCGCUGCGCCCCGUGGACCUGGAUGUCAACCUGGUCAGCAGCCUGCUGGCCUCCUACGGCGAGCAGGCGGGGCUGCCGGGGCCGGCGGGCAACCUGGCGGCGCUGAUGGGCUGCCGGCUGCCGCCGCCGCAGGCGCGGCAGUGA